UCAUUUUUGCUCGUUAUAAUACGACUGGUUUUCCUUGAUACUCGCAGUUUUCCUGCGUUCGUGCCUUACUUUUGAUUCAACCAGUAUACUUAAUCGAAACAAUCACACCCAUACACACACACAAAAAUGUUCCCUGCACAAGGGGUGAUUCUAUUGUGUUUUAUAUCGAACGUUGUCUACACUGAGAAAACAACAUCUCCAAAUAUUGUUAUAAUUUUAGCAGAUGACGUGGGAUGGAACGAUUUCGGUUUACACGGCUCCAGCCAAAUCCCCACCCCAAAUAUCGACGCACUAGGAUACAACGGCGUCAUAUUGGAUAAAUUUUACACCCAACAGACCUGCACCCCUUCCAGAGCCGCCCUUUUAACGGGAAACUAUCCCAUGAGAUUGGGUUUACAAGGCAUCCCCCUAAACGCUGGAGAAAAUCGUCACCUACCGCUCCAAACCCCGACUCUACCGGAAAAACUAAAAGAAUUAGGUUACAUCAACCAUUUAGUGGGUAAAUGGCAUUUGGGGGCGGCUUGCAGCGAAUACACCCCCACCAAAAGAGGCUUCGACACCCAUUUCGGCUACUGGAACGGUUACGUCGGUUAUUUCAACUACGAAAUCAGCGUUCCGGAUCCACUAGAUCCGAAACGAAAUUUCACCGGUUUCGAUCUCCACGACAACUUCACCCCCAAAUGGGAACUGAAAGGACAAUACGCCACGGAUUUAUUCACGAAAAAAUCCUUGGAAAUCAUAAAAAAUCACCGAGUCGAAAAACCUUUAUUCCUAAUGUUGGCACACCUCGCCGGCCACACCGGAUACGACGGUAUCGAAUUAGGCGUGCCGGACGCGGUUACCGCCAACCGGAAAUACCAUUACAUAAAAUCGAUCGAGAGAAGAUCCUACGCAGAUCUGGUCAACAUAAUGGAUAGUUCCGUGGGGGAGAUAGUGGGAGCCCUAUCGGAAAAAAAAAUGUUACAAAAUACGGUGAUAUUAUUUUUUUCUGAUAACGGCGCCCAAACCGAAGGACUCUAUCAAAAUUUCGGUUCCUCUUGGCCGUUUAGGGGCUUGAAAUUCACUUUAUUCGAAGGCGGCGUACGGGGGACGGGCGUAUUGUACAGCCCUUUACUAAAAAAGAAGAAUUACGUCAAUAGACGUUUGAUUCACGUCACCGAUUUCCUGCCGACUUUUUAUCGCGUAGCCGGCGGGGAUGUCGAUAAAUUAGGCAACAUCGACGGUAUCGACCAAUGGGAUACCAUUUCCGGUAACGCCCCCACCAACAGAACCGAAAUACUCAUCAAUAUAGACGAAACGUCUGGAUAUUCGGGCGUUAUAGGAUACGGAGGGCGUUAUAAACUUUUGAACGGUUCUUUUUCGAAUGGUUUGUAUAACGGUUAUUACGGAGACAGCGGACGUAAUUUAGAAGACCCCUCGUAUAACUACAGCAGCGUCAUCAACAGUCCUACCAAUUUAGCGAUCGAAAAAUUAACGAAUCGAUCGUUAAAUCGAUCGAUAAUCGAUGAAUUACGUCGAAAAAUCGAUUUGGGAUCUUGUAGAUCGAUGAAUCGAUUAUAUUUAUGUGACGAUUUGUGUUUAUUCGAUUUGUAUAUCGAUCCGUGCGAAACGACGAAUUUAAUCGAUGACGGGAAUUUACGGGGUGUCGUUGGAAAGUUGUACGGUAAAUUGUCGGUUUAUAUGAAGGAUGUUGUGCCGGACGUUUCGCACCGGAUCGAUCCCGAUUCGGAUCCGAAACGUUUUAAUGGUACUUGGAGUUGUUGGUCGAAAUGCGGACGAGAUUUUCAUUAGUUCGAUUUCGUAUGGAAAUCGUGAGUCGUAUUUAUAAUCGUUUUUUCAUGAUCACAUGAAAUUUUUAGACUUUAUCCUGUAUUUUAUCUAAAAAAAAGCGUUUUUCGCCACGAUUGUACUAAAUUUCGACUGUACCUCGUAUUAUAUUGACAAUUUGAUAAAAAAAAACGUUUUCCGCUACGAUAGUACUAAAAUUUCGACUGUACCUCGUAUUAUAUUGACAAUUUGAUAAAAAAAAACGUUUUCCCCUACGAACCUACUAAAAUUUCGAAUGUACCUCGUAUUAUAUUGACAAUUUGAUAAAAAAAAACGUUUUCCUCUACGAUUUUUACUAAAAUUUCGACUGUACCUCGUAUUAUAUUGACAAUUUGAUAAAAAAAAACGUUUUCCUCUACGAUUGUACUAAAAUUUCGACUGUACCUCGUAUUAUAUUGGCAAUUUGAUAAAAAAAAACGUUUUCCGCUACGAUAGUACUAAAAUUUCGACUGUACCUCGUAUUUUAUAUAAAAUUUGAUUAAAAAAAACGUUUUCCUCUACGAUUAUACUAAAAUUUCGACUGUACCUCGUAUUAUAUUGACAAUUUGAUAAAAAAAAACGUUUUCCUCUACGAUUGUACUAAAAUUUCGACUGUACCUCGUAUUAUAUUGACAAUUUGAUAAAAAAAAAACGUUUUCCUCUACGAUUGUACUAAAAUUUCGACUGUACCUCGUAUUAUAUUGACAAUUUAAUAAAAAAAAAACGUUUUCCUCUACGAUUGUACUAAAAUUUCGACUGUACCUCGUAUUAUAUUGACAAUUUGAUAAAAAAAAAACGUUUUCCUCUACGAUUGUACUAAAAUUUCGACUGUACCUCGUAUUAUAUUGACAAUUUGUUAAAAAAAUACGUUUUCCGCUACGAUUGUACUAAAAUUUCGACUGUACCUCGUAUUUUAUAUAAAAUUUGAUUAAAAAAACAGUUUCCUGAUACGAUCGUAAGAAAAUUUAGACUGUAAUCUGUAAUCCAGAAUUUUUCAAAACUUAUGGUCUACACUGUAUUAUAUUAAUUUUUGAUUUAAUUUUGACGUAAUUGUAAAUUUAAUUCCAAUAAAUUAUUUUUUCGUA